AUGAAGGAAGUCAUCGCAGACGCAGUUUCGCGAGGCUGGCCGCCCACGGCACCCGCAGGCCAUCAUGUCGCACCGCGUUUCAACCACAUCGACCGCCCGUACGGCAGCUAUCAACGACAGGCCGAGAGCCUCUUCGAAAAGCCCGCCCGCCGGCUCUCGAGGCUCCAACAGGCGCGCUUGGACGACCGACAGAGGGAAGCCGUCGUGGAAGAGCUGCGCGACGUCAUGGUGCGGGCCGUGUACGGCAGCAACACGAUUCAGGGCGCCGGGCUGAGCUGGCACGCCACCGACGUCCUCUGCCGAAAGGUCUUUGCCGACACCGACGACACCUCGCGCAUCAUCACCGAGUCGGACGAGGCCUUCCAAGACGUCAUCGUCGAGAUGCGCCGCCUGCAGCCCAGCCUCAUCAUCCGCCCCGUCGACGUGGCCCUCCGCGCGCGCAACGACAUUGUCCAGCACGCCAGGGCCUACCAGCACAUCCUGCGCGAGUUCGUCGUCAACAAGCGGGACCUCACCGAGGGGCUCAUCAAGGACACGCACCGCAUCCUGAACCGAGGGGCCUCCGUCCGCGACAAGGGCUGGGACUACCUCCCGCAGGGGGCCUACGGCGGCGCCUACCGGACCGCCAUCCUAGCCGCCAGCAACAUCCACAUGCCCCUGGCCGCAUGCGUGCCUGACAGAAUGCAGCAGCUGUGCCUCGCGGUGCGAGUCGACGUCGCAAUGGCGGAGCAGGGCAAGUCCGGCGAUCCCUUCUCCAUGGCGGCAAAGCAUUCGUUGCGGCUGGCGCACAUCCAGCCCUUUUAUCACGACAACAUGAGACUGAGUCGCAUCAUCCUCAACGCCAUACUCUGUCGGUUCGCGGGCGUCAUGUUGCCCCUCGGUGAGGAUGAGAGGGCCCAGCGCGAGUACCUGGACGCCAAGAGCCGCUCGAGCCAUGACUCUAUGGACCACGGAGAUUACGCCAUGUUUGUGCUGAAGCACGCGGCCCAGAGCCUGCGCGAGAUGAAGAAGAAGAUUGCGGGUAAGGGCAAGGCCAACACAGGCGGCGAGGUUGUGGUGAAAGCAUACAGUGUAUCCCAGUGA